AAAAGAAAAGGAAGGGAACACGAAGCCCUUCUUACUGAGCUUGUUUUCUAGACAUUUAUGCAAACGGACAUUCAAAACUGCAGUACAGAUGAUCGGUUUCACGUUCUUAUUAAGCACUAUCAACACUAAGCACUGCAACUCAGCGGUCUAUGCCAAGCCCCUCCUCGAAGCUGACAGAGUGCCGUGGGGGCGAAUCACGCCUGCGGAUCCAGCUAGGGGCGGGGCGUUGGAUCCCAUUGGCGGUCGUGGGUGCCCCAGUCUCUCUUUCCCGCCAGCCUGGGUUGCAGAGAAGACUCCGUGCCUAGGAACUCGAGAAGGUCGUUUCCUUUUAUUGCUUGGCGGAAGUGCGUCUUUUUACACGCAGACGCCGGCGAUUUCUCAUUUGUUGGGGCAAGCUGGGAAGCUUUCCGGGGGCAUUAUGUUUCCAGCUCUUCGCCACCUCUGCCAGGGUAUUCCCCCUUCACCUGUUUCCAAUGUGGGCCUAGUACGCAGAUACUUAUCCUGGGAAAAUGAACAACGCUGUCGCAGGUUGCUGCAGGCAUCCACCACCCAGUAUAAAAAAGAGCCUGUGUCAGCAGCUGUUCUAGUGUCUCUGUGUACUGUGGCGGGGGUUCCAGCUGUCCUGUACACUCUGCGUUCCAGCACCAUGACUGGCACACACAAAGGAGAUGUCAGCUUCCCAGGUGGUAAGCGUGACUCCCGUGACCGUGAUGCCAUCGCCACAGCACUCAGGGAGACUCAUGAAGAGCUGAACUUGCAACUAGGGGAAGACUGCGUCUGGGGAGUCAUGAAACCUGUGCCUGACAGGAGAGGAUUGGCUGUUGCUCCUGUUCUUGCAAACCUGGGUCCUCUGGAGCAUCUGACCCUGAAGCCUAACUCCCAGGAGGUUGAGACUGUGUUCACACUUUCCAUUUCCCACUUGCUGCAAGAAGAAAACCAGGGCUACACAAACUUCUGCCAGAAGAGGCAGUACAGCUACACAUUGCCUGUCUUUCUGCAUGGUCCUCACCGCAUAUGGGGUCUCACAGCAAUAAUCACUGAUUUGACUCUAGAAUUACUGGCUCCAGAAACGUACCACAGGCGGACUCGAAUUCAGGCCACUCGCUGACCUUUGCAACCUGUAUCUAAAGGAUGACUUCUAAGCUCUGUGGCCCUCUUCCAUGAUAUUUAUCAAAAUACUUGAUACAGGUAAUUCCACCAGCCAGAUCCUGAUCACUAGCAUUUUGGAAAAGUAAGGGUAUUUGCCUUUCUCCUUCUACAGCACCUGGGCCCCUGAAGCAAAUGAUUAUGUGUCAUUAAGAGGAUGAGAACCACUAUAGUAAUCUAUUCUUCCUACUGCUGCUGUAGGGCCUAUUUUUGAAUAAAAGGAAUAAUUUGGCACUGAA